AUGAUGGGCCAACAGGUUCUCGUGCUGAGCCAGAAUAUGAAGAGGGAGUCUGGACGGAAGGUUCAGACAGGAAAUAUCAGUGCAGCCAAGACGAUCGCAGACGUCAUCAGAACAUGCCUGGGACCAAGGGCCAUGAUGAAGAUGCUGUUGGACCCCAUGGGUGGGAUUGUGAUGACCAACGAUGGUAACGCUAUCCUGAGAGAGAUCCAGGUCCAGCACCCGGCUGCCAAGUCCAUGAUUGAGAUAAGUCGCACUCAGGACGAGGAGGUGGGAGACGGCACCACCUCUGUCAUCAUCCUGGCGGGUGAGAUGCUGUCCGUGUCAGAGCUGUUCCUGGAGCAACAGAUGCACCCGACAGUUGUCAUCAGCGCCUACAGACAAGCUCUGGAUGAUAUGCUCAACCUUCUCAAAGAAAUCAGCACCCCAGUGGACGUGAGCGACAGGAAGAUGAUGCUGAAGAUCAUCCACUCUGCAAUCAACACCAAGGCACUGAGCCGCUGGUCUGACAUGGCCUGCAGCAUCGCACUGGACGCCGUCAAAACUGUGGAGAUGGAGGAGAACGGACGCAAGGAGAUCGACAUCAAGAAGUAUGCCAAAGUAGAAAAGGUUCCCGGUGGGAUCAUCGAGGACUCGUGCGUGCUGAAAGGUGUGAUGGUAAACAAGGACGUGACCCACCCGCGCAUGCGCAGAAUGAUCAAGGAUCCCCGCAUUAUCCUGUUGGACUGCUCCCUGGAGUACAAGAAGGGAGAAAGCCAGACUGAUAUUGAGAUCACUCGUGAGGAGGACUUUGCCCGCAUCCUGCAGAUGGAGGAGGAGUACAUCCAGCAGAUCUGUGAAGACAUCAUCCGCCUCAAGCCUGACCUCAUCUUCACAGAGAAGGGCAUCUCAGACUUGGCUCAGCACUACCUGAUGAAGGCUAACAUCACGGCUAUUCGCCGUGUCAGAAAGACAGACAACAACAGGAUCGCCAGAGCGUGUGGCGCACGUAUUGCCAGCCGUACGGAUGAGCUGCGCGAGGAGGACGUGGGCCUGGGGGCGGGCCUGUUUGAGAUCAAGAAGAUUGGAGACGAGUACUUCACCUUCGUCACAGAGUGCAAAGACCCCAAAGCCUGCACCAUCCUGCUGAGAGGAGCCAGCAAGGAAAUCCUGGCGGAGGUGGAGCGUAAUCUGCAGGAUGCCAUGCAGGUGACCCGCAACGUUCUGCUGGAGCCCAGCCUGCUGCCUGGCGGCGGCGCCACCGAGAUGGCCGUGUCUCAGCAGCUGAUGGAGCGAUCCAAGGCCCUCACUGGUGUGGAGCAAUGGCCCUACCGCGCCCUUGCCCAGGCCCUGGAAGUCAUCCCCCGCACCCUCAUCCAGAACUGUGGCGCCUCCACCAUCCGUGUGCUCACCUCCCUCAGGGCCAAGCACACCCAGGAGGACAGUGUAUCGUGGGGGGUGAACGGAGAGACUGGCACCCUGGCUGACAUGACCGUCCUGGGCAUCUGGGAACCGCUGGCCGUCAAGGCUCAAACCUACAAGACCGCAGUAGAGACUGCCAUCUUGUUGCUGCGGAUCGACGACAUUGUCUCCGGACACAAGAAGAAGGGAGACGAGCAGACAGGAGGAGGACAGGGUGCUGAGUAGAGGAGAAGACAAGGAUCAGGAACAAGGAGGAGGAAGAGGGUAAUGGAGGAAUAGGCAAUCUGAGCUGUGACAACACUGUUCUAUAAACCACUAACUCAGAUAUGAGAUUUGUUAUGGACACUCUAAGCAGACUGAGAUAGGUUUGCUGCAUGUAUUACAUAUGAAUGUACUGGAUUGGGUAUUAAGGCACCCCAGUUAGCUUUGGUCAGUGUGUGUACGGUGUGUGUUUGCGCAGUAUUUAUGGCAGUAAGUAAGGUGACUGAAUAUGUUCUCCUGGGACCAAGGUUUACCUCAGCUAGUCAUUCUGUAGGUAUUACUCUGUAUGGUAAAACUCCUUUGUGUGACUCUAGUUGAAGAACAGUUGCCAAUGGAUGGUGACCAAAUCAAGUGACCUAUAAGUCAUUUGAAUGAACUACUAAAAAAAAUGGUAGACCUUGUAAAUGAUUUAGAGCGUGCAUUGUCCACUUCUGAAGAUCCUUUUUAAAUGUUUAAGUUCUGUAUUAUAUGGAUUGGAUCGUAACACAUUACUGCAUUUCAAUGAAUGAGAAUGCUUUCUCUCUCCCCAAAAAAUGUUGGGGUUGUUAAAUUGGCCUGGUGACUAUGGUUCUGAAUCCUGUUACUCCACCAGAACGUUUUCCUCCAUUACCCCUUUGCCUGGUGCUGUUGCCUGUGAUUGUAUCAACCUCAAUAAAAUUGGAAACAGAUGACCAUAGGCCUAUAUUUGUUUCAUUCACUUUGA